AGCCAUCGCAACAGCGCUGGAUAUUGGUCUUUCCAAUUGGAGCUUCCUCUUCAUCACCAUUAGCCUGUAUACCAUGACCAAGUCCUCAGCAGUGCUUUUUAUCCUGUUUUUCUCUCUGGUCUUUAAACUGGAGGAGCCGAACCCGUUUCUGAUCCUGGUGGUCCUGUUGAUCUCCUGCGGUCUCUUUAUGUUUACCUUUGAGUCAACCCAGUUUAACCUGGAAGGCUUUAUUCUGGUGCUCCUAGCAUCCUUCAUAGGGGGGAUUCGAUGGACCCUCACUCAGGUCCUCACGCAGAAAGCAGAGCUGGGGCUGAGCCUCAGCACCUCAGAGAAGUUAUUCCGGGUGACGGAGCUCUCGCCUCUCCUGUAUUCCCUCUUCACGUUAAGCAUUGGCGGCUCGCUGGCCUUUGGUUUGGGCUUCUCUGAGUUCCUGCUGGUCUCCCGAACCUCCAGCCUCACCUUAUCCAUAUCAGGGAUCUUUAAGGAAGUAUGCACUCUGCUUUUAGCCGCUUUUCUGAUGGGAGACAAAAUGAGUAUGCUCAACUGGCUGGGAUUCGCUGUGUGUCUGUGUGGUAUUUCACUACACGUGGGACUCAAGACAUAUUAUUCUAAAAAUAAGGGUCCUUCUUUAAGGCAGCUCAAGAGUAAGAGCCCAGAACUCGAGCUGCCGUUACUGCAGCGAAAUGGGGAUGAGAGUAAGGACUCGGCUACUGAUGAAUGUGAUGAUGAAGAAGAAGAGAUCACUCUACACUGAAAGGACUUGGACACAGUCUCCAUGCUGCACAUUCCUUCCCUAAUCUUUUGUUAGAUGGUUUGAACAGUGAUGUCAGAGAAGUGUUUCCAGGUGUGGGACUUUUGGGGCUUGGGUUUUUUUUUCCCCAAUCCCAAACUCAGAGAUAAUCAGAUUCAUUUUGCAUUGCCUGAAUCAGCUGUUUAAUGCAUGAUGGCUUCUGUAUGUCAGAUAUUUCAAUAAUCAUAAAGUACUAAACAUUACAAAGACACAAGUCAGCUUUUACAGAGCUCAGAUUGAUGUCAGGACUUUUGCCUAAAAUUCUAACUUUGCUAAUGGAGUUAAAAUAUUCAUUGAUUGCAUAUUUUAAUUUGUAGAGUUGAAGAGUGUUUAUUGAAUUGGACAAUAAUUGUCUACAGCCUUUUUGAGUCAUAAUUUGAGAUGUCAUGAAUCGUGAAACUGACCUUUAAUGUGCCUUAUAAGCAGAUGGAAGGAACAAUUUUAAUAACUGAUGAUGACUUUGUUAGAGUUUAAAGCCAUUUCUAAAUGUUUAUUGUUUUUUUUUUUUUUGUCAUGAUUUUCUUUAAAUGC